AUGAAUGAUGAAUUACCAUCGGAAUCAACACGACGUUCAUCUUCUCAUUCUACUAUUCGAUCGAGUGGCAAAGCAUAUAAUUCGAAUUCAUCAAUUACCUUAUCAUCAAUUAAAACAAAGAAGUCUAAAUCAACAACCUUGAAAAAUACUACAAUUAAAGUAAAAUCUCCAGUUAUUCAUCGAAAAAGUGGUUUAAAGAAAAACCGUCAAUCAUUGGCAACAGAAAAAAAAAGAACUGUUUUACAUUCAACACUGAAGAAAAAUCGAUCUGCAACAAUUUUACAGAAUUUGAACAGUUCAGAUGAUGAAAUUCAAAUGGAUUAUGGUGAACAACGAACAACUCGGCCUGAUUCAAAUUUACCAGUAACAACUCCAAACAAUAUUAAGACUGAAGAAAGUGCAAAUAAUCAUGAUGAUUCGUUUGAUAGUAGUCAAACUAUUGACAUUGACCGAGUUCAACCAAAGAAGAAACAAAACAAAUCAACCAUUAAAUCAAAACAAGAUGUCUUGAAAUAUUUUAUCAUCAUAUCCACGGGUGAACUUAAAUGUAAACUAUGUAAAGAUUCUUCGAAAUUAUUUGCCAAAUCAUCUAUGGAAUCAGACUCAAAUUUACGUAGUCAUUUGGGUCGUAUACACGAUCUUGAUGGCUUUCUAUAUCCAUCUCAAAGAAAAAAGCCUUUACCAAAAGAAAAGUCAAUAACAUUCAAUCAGAAACAGUUGUUGAAUGCUGCAGCAAUUGAAGCAAUUAUCCGAGAUUCACAUGCAUUCAAUUUGUUCCGAAAACCAGGCAUGCAACAUUUCCUUUCUAUAGCGGUUCCAGGUUAUCGUGGACCGCAUAGAAAGACAGUCAUAAAACGUCUCAAGCCAAUGUAUAAACAACGCCGAGCUGAUAUUCGAGAGAAAUUUUCUCAUAUUACUGAUGUUUCAUUAAGUGCUGAUGUUUGGAAAAGCAACAAUAAGUCUCAUUUUAUUGGUUUAACUGCUCAAUACUAUGAUGAUGAAUACCAGUACCAUACAAUGGUUAUUGCAUUUCGACGUUUUAUUGGUAAACACUCUGCUGAUCGUUUAGAACGUUUUAUUGAAAAAGAAAUUAAUAAACUUAAUAUUAAAUCCAAAGUGUGCGCAAUAACUACAGAUAAUGGAAGUGAUAUACGAUCGGCAACACAAAGAUUGUCGAAAUUUGGAAUUAAGGUAUCCUGUAUUUUGCAUAAUUUCAAUUUGAUUACUCAAAAUGGUCUAUGGUUAUUCAAAAUUCCAAAAAAAAUGUAA